AUGGCCAUCAUCUGUAACGACAACAUCGCGUCGAAGGCCGCCUCAAUGGAACACUUGAGCGGCCCAGUCAUAUUGUGCUGCUUCUGCAUGUCCAGCGUUGCAUACUGGCAUGUCUUUGCUGUUGUUGACUACCUGCUCCGCAAAUGGGCACCCAACGUGUACAAACGACUCGAGCGCGAAGACAUUGUUCGGAAGCUCAACCCAUAUCUGGUCAUGAUCGUUCGAAUGGUCAUUGGCCUCUUUGUCUCGCUACCGGCCUGUGUACAGGCAAUACACACAACACCUUGGGGAGUUUACCAACCCCUGAGCACAUCCGGCCAGGUCUGCGUUGUCUCGCAGCUUGUCGUAUGGUCCAACGAGCUCCCUAUCGCCCGACUCUUCUCCCCCGAGCUCUUUGUUCACCACCUUUUAUGCCUCGCCGCAACAUCGAACAUCCUCAUCUCGCCGCCGGUCCAUCAGAUCAAGCCGCUAUACAUAUACUUUGCCUCUCUGGUUGGCGACAUUGGUCCAGGGUCGGUGAUGAUUCUGAAGACCAUUGGCUAUCAUCCGCAUACAUCUAGGCUGAUGUUUUUCGUGUCUUUGGCAUCAACAUCAAUCCUCAUCUUUUGCCGGGUGGGAUGUGCUUUCUACACUGUCACCCACGUUCUCACAGACCCGUUCAACCUUGCCGACUUGGUUUGGGUGCUGGCGGUGAUGCUUUUCGGCUUCUAUUCGCUUUACAGCGCGUUUCGCAACUUGAAAUGGCUAGGAGUCAUUCGAGUUCAUCCAGUGCAGUACAGGGUCACCUACUUCUGCCGGUUCAUGGUGCCUGUGGCACAUAUGAUGCUUGGGGUUGCAUGCGGCCUUACACUUCUCUCGACCUUGUUUCUCUACGGCUUAUAUCUCGAUCGACCUCUAAGAGCUUCGGAGAUAGGCCUAAUAUCGAUUAACGGAUUGGUGGCCGCGGCAAUCGGUCUCACAGGCGCCAUUAUCACGGGGAUAGCGCUUCCCUACGGCUCAUCCAGAUCAAAUCCGUGGGGAAGCCAGUAUCUGCAGGUUGGAAUACUUUUGGCGGGACUUUGGGUUCACAGAAUCACCAAGUUGACUGAUGAUGUGGAUAGAGAGACAAUCCUCUCGUCAAUGGGGGUCAGCUUGCCCCUAUUCCAGGCCUUUGCAAGAUUGGCACACUAUUACUCGGCCAAGGAUGCUGUUGCAGCAUCAGACAAGAAGCUGUACCUUGAUGAAACUCCAGCAAAGAGGCACCUGCAGAUAAUGUGCGAGAAUAUCACAAUCUUUCUCGUGUCUCUAGCCCUCUUGGCCUCCAACAUCUUGAUCGUCUCAGAGGCCGGGCGGUUGGCUGUAGCAGCUUGCUCCCUGAACCAACUGCGAGUUUGCUCAAACAUUAUCCCUCUCAGCUGCGAAUCCUCACAGGGGGUUGCUAGGGUGCUGUUUGCCAUGGCACGCAUAGUCGUGGAUCACUUUGUCGUUGCCUUUCUUGUUGCGGCACGUCACAUCCGGCCUGAAGCCUCCUGGUCUGACGUUGCCUCCAACUAUCUUCUUCUUGGGGGCACCGUAGCCGCAAGUCUUGCCUCGAAAGGUGCGGUCACCAUCAGAAAGCCAUGCGAGGUUGUCACGAAAGUCCGAAAGACGAGGAAAUGGAAUCCUGCCAUCUUUAUCUUCGUCUUUAUGUGCAUCCUUCAGGCCAUGUUGGUCAAGAAGUAUCUCUUCUUUGAGACAGGAAGCCGAGAGAUCAGCGUUGGGUUCAAGAACUUCCGCGCCAUCUUAUCGGAUCCCAUCACCUGGGCUGGCGUACUGCAUUUGAGUUCUCUGCCUGUGGUUGUCUUGAGCGGGCUGGGUUAG